AUGGCGGACUCUGAGAAGCAAGUCAACGUCGCUGACAACAAGCAAAUCCAGCUUGCUGAUCCUGAGCAAACAAAGGAGGACUUUGCCAUUGAGCAUCACCGCCAUCAUGAAGUCGAGAUUCUCAACAAGGACUAUGACGACAAGCCCACCGAUGAGGAGAUGGAGACGCUUCGUCGCGUGCCCGGAGCGCUCCCCACCACUGCCUACCUCCUCUGCGCUGUAGAGUUCUGUGAAAGAGCUUCUUACUACGGCUGCGCCCAGAUUUGGACCAACUAUAUCAACCGUCCCCUCCCUGUUGGUGGCAAUGGUUUCGGUGCCGUCCCCGCUGGUAGCCAGGCCACUCAGGGUGCCCUUGGCCUCGGUGAGAAGGUUGCCAACGCCACUGGCCAGUCGUUCAGUCUCAUUGCCUACUGUCUGCCUCUUCUUGUCGGAUAUCUCGCUGAUACCCGAUUUGGUCGCUACCCCAUGAUCUUCUGGGGUAUCAUGCUCUGCGGUAUCGGUCACGUUCUCAUCAUCGCUGGUGGUGCCAAGGAGCUCCUCGAGAACGGUACUGCCAAGAUUCCCUUCUUUAUCGGUGUCUACAUUCUUGCCAUUGGUGCCGCCAUGUUCAAGCCCAACGUCACUCCCCUGCUUCUUGAUCAGAUGCGAAACCACGUACCCAAGGUCGUCACCCUCAAGAGCGGCGAGCGUGUUAUUGAGGAUCCCGAGCAUACUGCUGAGCGCGCCAUGCUGUGGUUCUAUCUUCUCAUCAACAUCGGUGGUUUCAUGUCCACUGCCACCUCCUACUCGGCCAGAUACGUCGGUUGGUGGCUGGCGUUUACCCUGCCUCUCAUCCUCUACCUUCCCCUGCCCUUCCUUCUGAUGUGGCUGAAGCCUCGUCUUGUCAUGCACAAGCCUGGUGGCUCUGAUCUUGUCAAUGUCUUCCGUGUCCUUGGGCACUGCAUGGCCAAGGGCGGCCUCUUCCGCAUCGGCCGCGCCGGAUGGUGGGAGCCUGCCAAGCCCUCCGUCAUUGCCGCGCGUGGUGGCUCCGAGACCCGCUACAACGACGCCUUUGUCGAGGAUGUCAAGCGUACCCUGCAGGCCACUGGCAUGUUCUGCUUCUUCCCUGUUCAGUUCUGGAACGACAACGGCCUCGGCAACUCUGCCAACUACCUGGGCACGAUGCUGAGGGGUAACGGUGUCCCCAACGAUGUCAUUGGCAACUUCAACACCCUCAGCAUUAUCGUUCUCGGCCCCAUCCUCAACUACGGCCUGUACCCUCUCCUGCGCGCUCGCCGCAUCCACUACGGCCCCAUUGCCCGUAUUACCACCGGCUUCUUCCUCAGCACUCUUGGUGGUGUCGGCUAUGCUCUUCUCUGCUGGAAGGCCUACGAGACCAACCCUUGCGGCUACUACGGCUCGUCGGACCCCAAGUGCGUUGACGGCGGUCUCGUGUCGCCCAUCUCUCUGUGGUGGGAGGCCAUUCCGUACGCUCUUGGUGGCUUCUCGGAGCUCUUCAUCAACGUCCCUGCCUAUGGUAUUGCUUACUCGCGCGCUCCGGUCAACAUGCGUGGUCUCGUCUCGUCGAUCAACCUGUUUAACACUGGCUUUGCCUACAUUGUCAACCUGGCGACCUCUGCCGCCAUCGCCGAUCCUCACCUGAUCUGGGUCUUUGCCGGCCCUGCCAUCCUCGGCGCCAUCGUCACCGUCUUCUUCUGGUUCAACUUCAAGCACAUUGACCGUGAGGAGUACGUUCUCUCGACCAACCAGGUCAGCGAGGCGACUGGCACGCGCGAGUACUUUGACGAGAACGAAAUGAACGAGAGCGGCAACCGCCCUCCUUCGAUCACUGCCAACGAGCAGACUGGAAUCUCGCAAAAGAUCUAA